AUGUUGUUUGAAUUAGAUGGUCCUAUAGGGAAAGAAGUGACGAGGAGUACUGAAGUGGAGUUGGUUAAGAGGUAUCCUUCAAGUGCUACUGAAGCAGGUGAUCUUGCUGAAUAUAUUACCGUGUUGAUUGCUUCAGAUACUGAUGUGUCAACCAUUGUCAAAGAAGUUGGUGAAAUCACUGAAAUAGGUAUUGAUCCUUCAUUUUUUAUGGAACUUAAAGGGUAUGUGGUUGAAUUGAAUAGAAAUGGAUUACCACCCACUUUAGAUCCCUUGCCUGUUGUUGAAGCUCCAGCUCCAGUUGUUCCAAGUGGACCUUCAUCGGCUGCUCAUAGACCACCUCCAAGAGGUCCAGAUGCCAGAGCAUCAAGAAUAGCUAUACCAUCAAAUAUAUCAAGAGCUGAUAUGAGAGGUCCAACUGGAUCAAAUAGAGUUCCUAAUGGUGUUACUAGAGGUGCUGGAGGUAUAGGUAAAACAGGGGGUAUAAGUAAACCAGGAGGUAUAAGUAAACCUGGUGUCCGUGAUAGAUCACAGCAAAAGAAACCAUUUGCUGAACAAACCCAAAGAAAGUUUGAAAAAGCAUUAUCAUCAAAUAAUCAAAAUCUUAAUCUGAAUAUUCCAAAGGGUAGAUGUCCUGAUUUUCCAUAUUGUCAAAAUAAAGAAUGUCCCAAAUCCCAUCCAACCAAGAAUUGUUUUUCAUAUCCAAACUGUCCAAACCCUCCAGGAACUUGUAACUUCUUACAUCCAGAUCAAGAUGAAGAUUUAAUAAAGAAAUUGGAAGUUUCCAAAAAGGAAUUUGAAGAAAAGAAGAAGAUUGAUUUCAUGUUACAACAAGGUUCAUGUAAAUAUGGUUUACAAUGUGCCAAAGAAAGUUGUCCAUUUGCACAUCCAACUCCAGCUAAUCCAGCCGCUAAAAUCGCAACUCUCGAAUGGUGUUCCGAAGGUAAGAAUUGUGUCAAUCCUGGUUGUAAUAAAGCACAUCCUCCACCUCCUACAGCCGCAACAAAACCGGGUCCAUCAGCAUUAGAACUUGCCCUUGAACAAUGUAAGUUUGGGGCAACCUGUAAAAAGCCAAAAUGUCCAAGAAGACAUGCUACUUCCAAUAUGCCAUGUCGUGAAAGUGUUACAUGCAGAAGAUUGGAUUGUACUUUUUCGCAUCCACUUAAUGAAGAUUGUCGUUUCGGUGCUGCAUGUCUGAAUAAAUACUGUUUAUAUAAACAUCCAGCAGAAAGAACCCUUCAAUCCAAUACAUGGGUUAAACAAGGUGGUGGUGGUGAUACAGAAAUGUCAAAUGCAACUACAUCACAAAGAUCAUUUGCUGUUUCUGAUGAUCAAGUUACUACUUUUCAAGUUUAG